AUGUCCUCGAAGCCUGUUGCCCAGGUCUCACGAAAGUCGCUCGCCAUAAAGCGCGCAGACGGCGAGCCCCUCACACGCUGCGACAUCCAGUACGACCUCCUCAAAGCCAUCUUCGACGACACCCAUGCUGUAUUCACCGACCCUCACGAGACCCUCCACGGCGACCCAGCAGGCUCCAAGGUCUCGUUCCAUGACCUGUACAUAAACUCAAUAAUGCGGUCGUCCAAGGCGACCAAGGUCCUUAGAGAGAAGAUGCAGGACGUACCAAACUUUGCCACUGACUUUGCAAUGCUUGCACUGUUAACCAAUGUGGGCAGAAUCAAUACGACCAUGAGCUUCUUCCCGGAGAUGAAGACCACCAUCCGGACGUAUCACCCAAUCCCUGCUCUGCAGCGGACCAACGGCAAUCUCCAAGACGCCCCGAGAAUCAAGCACAUCCUCAAGGCCUGUACACUCGAUGAUGGCGACAACAAGAACCCCCCUUCGACCCCUUCCGAUAUCUUGGCGCGUGCUAGAGCCGGGCAGAUCCCUUCAACCACCGUGACGAAUUUAAUAUUCGUGAUGGCCAACCACUCCGUCCCACUCGGACAAACUUACUUCGCGGAUGACCUCGAAUUCCUGGAUGUUUUCCUCGCCAUGCAAAUAUCCUCAGCCUCUCGAGCUCGCGCGUUUCUCUGGCUGUGCUAUCACUAUCUAGAGUCGCCGAACAUUGACGCGGAUGAUGACUACGAUACAGAGGGCUCGACGCCACCCAACCCAUUCGCUGACCACCACCGAGAACCCGGGAAGCUGCCAUUAUUGAUCAGACUUUCCCCUGAAGAAGCGGCAGAGGAAAAUCAGGACACGGAGGCUGAGAAGCUUUUGGCCGAGAAGUUUGUCCGCCAGCGCUCUGAGAUCGUCAAGACGCACGGACCCAAAGCUGUGACUAGUGACAUAGUUCCUGAUGAAGACGACCAAGCCAGCGCUGUCUCCGAUGUCAAACCUAAAGAAAAGCGGACCACAAGCACUGCCGGGGCUUUGGCUAGGACAGCAGCUGCGAAAGAGAAGAAGGCAGCCGCAGACAAGAUGCGUAGAGAACGAAUGAAGCAAGCGAAGCGCGAACGGGCGUCUGCAGCAUCGUUCGAUGAACAGUUCGAUAGCAUCCUACCAGAAAGUCUCCAGCAGCACAUGCAACCCCGCCCACCACAGGUAGAUGCGCAACCUACGCCCCGCAGAAUCUUAUCACCGCCGUCCCAAACCCGCAAUCCUCAGUGGACGGGGAAAGUAAGUACAAACCGACGGCGAUCAAAUCGAAUGUCGCCCCUCCCGACUCGAGUCCCUCGUGCUCCUCCUGCGCCUCAACGCUCCAUAUUACAACAAACCUGGCAUGUUUUGACGCACGGGGAUCCCCUCAUCGACUCUGACGAAGAGUUCGCGGAUGAACACGUCAGGCAUGAUUAUCUCCAACGCUUGGAUGUCCUAUCUCGCAUCCAGCCCAUGCGAACCGAAGAAGACUACCUCCUUCCAAAGAUUUCAGACUCCCGAUCGCGUGUAAUUCCGCACUGA